AUGACUGACCCAACGACCCCUGCUCCCUGGGAGACCACCGCUGCCAACAAGCGCGCCGCUCGCGAUGCUCUGAUCCCAAAGGCAUGGCUCGUGAGCGUCCCUGAUGACGUCCUCGAUGUCACCGACAUCCCGCGCACCUGCGGCGUCCUCACCACCGCCGAGGUCAAGAUCACCGAGACUGAGGCCCCCGAGCUUGUCAAGCAGAUGGUCGCCAACGAGCUCACGUCCGAGGCCGUCGUCACUGCAUUUUGCAAGCGUGCGGCCAUUGCCCAGCAGCUUACCAACUGCCUCACCGAGAUCUACUUUGACGAGGCGGUUGCCCGUGCAAAGGAAAUCGAUGCUAAGUAUGCUAAGACUGGCAAACCCCUCGGUCCCCUUCACGGCCUCCCGGUCUCGCUCAAGGACAACUUCAACGUCAAGGGUAGCGAUACCACUGUAGGCUUCGUUGCGUGGUGCAACGAUCCACAGCCCUACGAUUCGGAGAUGACCAAGAUUAUGCGUGACUGUGGCGCCAUUAUCUUCUGCAAGACCAAUGUUCCCACCGCCAUGAUGAUGGGCGAAUCGUAUAACAACGUCUGGGGAUACACCUUGAACCCUUGGAACCGCAAGACUUCGUCUGGUGGCUCAUCGGGUGGCGAGGGUGCUCUCCUUGCCAUGAAGGGCUCUCCCCUCGGUGUGGGUACCGACAUUGGUGGCUCGAUUCGUAUCCCCAGUGCUUUCUCCGGCCUCUACGGCCUGAAGCCCUCGUUUGGUCGCUUCCCCACCUAUGGUGCGCGCUCUGGCAUGCCUGGUCAGGAAGCCGUGCGCUCUAUCAACGGCCCAAUGUCAGCGUCGCUGGCUGCAUGUGAGCUCUGGGCCAAGACAGUCGUCGACACCAGGCCAUGGGAGGUGGACCCACUCAUGCUCCCCAUCCCCUGGCGCGAGGUCGAGCUCCCUGAGCAGCUCUGCUUCGGUAUCGUGAUGGAUGACGGUAUCGUCAUGCCCACCCCACCUAUCACACGUGCCCUGCAGGAGACCAAGGCGGCGCUUGAGGCAGCUGGCCACAAGGUUAUCGAGUGGACGCCACACAACACCGGCCAGUCCAAGUCGAUCCUUGAGCGCUUCUUCGUCGGCGAUGGUGGUGACAAGAUUUCCAGCGUCAUCAAGGCCGGUGAGGAACCCUGGCCUGCUGGUCUUAUCGACUUUGAAAAGGCCGCCGCUUUCAGCUUGGCGAACCCCCCGCUCGUCAGUGACCUGUGGACAAACCAGGCAGAGCGCAAUGCAUACUGCAAGGCUGCGCUGGACCACUGGAUGGCCUCCAAGGAGCUCACUAGCACCGGUCGUCCCUUUGACGGCGUCAUCACACCCGUUUCGCCAUUCUCCGCUCCUCCACACUACACCUUUGAGCAUGUCACGUACACGUCUAUCUGGAACAUUACCGACCAGCCGGGUGCCGUGUUCCCAGUUACUCGCGUAACUCCCAACGACGCCAAGCCCGAGGUCGUCCAUGACCUCCGCAACGAUGUCGAGAAGCGUAUUUGGGACAGGUACGAUCCGGAAGAGGUCGUGGGUGCCCCCGUCGCACUCCAGAUGGUCACUAUGCGUCUGCAGGAGGAGAAGGCUCUCAAGCUCGCCGGUAUCGCGGCCCAGGCGCUGGCCAAGUAG